AUGCCCGUAAUUACCUUGAGAGCCAGAUCGUGGUUUGAGUGUUCACUGAAUAAGCUCGAUACUGAGCUGGAGUGUUUGAAGGUUGUGAAAAUGAUUGACAUGAGCAGUUCCAAUCCCACCAACCAGGAUGACGUUGAGCCUUCCAGCCCAAGUGUUGCUGGCGGGAUCCAAGAUGCGAUGUCUUCUCCAGAUUCAACUGCGCCAGACCUCAGGCACCGCAAGGAAGCCUCAAGUAAGGUGACUCCACAGAUGUGGUAUUCUACCAAGCUGAAGGACCGCGCCCCACCAACUCGAAAGUCAAGGCCUAUAAAAUGUGAAUGCUGUUGA